UGUUACUCCCGGUCAUCCUGACUCGGGACUUUUAUCUCGGCGCAGCUGGGAGGCGGGAGGAGGAGACACCGGGGGUGGCCCUGAUCGCUGGCGACACCUUUCUGGGACUCUAUAAAUUGAGCACCUGGGAUGGGUAGGGGGCCGACGCUACCACCACCAAUCCAGUCACAGUCCGGUCACUGACCACAGCAGUGCCCACAGGCAGCGGCCAUCAGCUGCGAGAGGCUGAGCUACUCAGCGACAGGGAUCCUCCAGGCCAGGACGAGCCAGGUCAGGGCUCGAUCCACAGACCACGCGCCGCCAUCGCUAGCUACUGGACGCCGCAGCCGCACAUCCCGCAGGGCGGGUCUGGGAGAGGGCGGAGGAGGAGCCGGAGUCCCGUCCGGCCCCGGCGAGGCUGUCCCAGAGCCCCCGAAGGCGGGCACCCCCUCGCCUCAGCCGGCCGUCCCGCGCUCCUGGGCUUCAGCAUCCGCGAGGUCACCAUGAUGCAAAUCUGCGACACCUACAACCAGAAGCACUCGCUCUUUAACGCCAUGAACCGCUUCAUCGGCGCCGUAAACAACAUGGACCAGACGGUGAUGGUGCCCAGCCUGCUGCGCGACGUGCCCCUGGCCGAGCCCGGGCUGGAUAACGAUGUCGGCGUGGAGGUAGGCGGCGGUGGCAGCUGUCUGGAAGGGCGCACGUCUCCGGCCGCUGGAGAGGGCAGCGCCAAUGGCAGCUUCUUCGCGCCCUCCCGGGACAUGUACAGCCACUACAUGCUGCUCAAGUCCAUCCGCAACGACAUCGAGUGGGGGGUCCUGCACCAGCCGCCACAGCCUGCGGGGAGCGAGGAGGGCGGCACCUGGAAGCCCAAGGACAUCCUGGUGGACCUGAGCCACUUGGAGGGCGCGGACACCUCCGAGGAGGACCUGGAACAGCAGUUUCAUUACCACCUGCGCGGGCUGCACACUGUGCUCUCCAAACUCACGCGCAAAGCCAACAUCCUCACCAACAGAUACAAGCAGGAGAUUGGCUUCAGCAAUUGGGGCCACUGAGGAGGUUCGCCCGCCGCUGACCAGCACCCUUCCCUGCCCCAUCUCUUACCCUCUCUUUUCUCAAAGCUCUUUUCUUUUUGGCUGUAGGGCGUGAUGGGCCUAAGGCAAAUUUGGGGGGCUGAGUAUGUGAAAGGUGUGCAGCAGGGCUGCAAGGAGGAGGAGGCCUCUUUUGGGAGAAGAGACCAGAAGAGAAAGAAGAUAAAAGAGAGGAGAG